AGUAAGAAGGGGCCAUAGUUGCAAAAAUAGCCACCCUUUCUUCGGUCACAAUUGCAAAAAUAGCCCCCCUUCUCGUUGAUUUUUCUUAAAAUUGAGUUAUUUACAAAAGAUUGUUUUGCAAAAGGAGUGCAUUGGUUCUGUCUCUUGAGACUAGUGUCAACCCUAACCUUAACCACCCACAGGUACAAAAUGAGCACUGUCCAGAACACACCAUUCACAGUUGUAGACGAGGCUCCACUUCAGCUUCAGAUGUGGUGGUAUGAUUUAGGAGAAAAUGGUCAGAAAUGGGUCACCAAGUACUUGGGAGCCCUUACAGAUAUUAUGAAAAUUAAACCAUGGGACGAUUUGAUUGAGGCACUAGUGACUUUUUGGGACCCCGUUCACAAUGUCUUUCGCUUCUCCGAUUUUGAGCUAACUCCCACUUUAGAAGAGAUAGCUGGAUAUUCCGGGUUUGGCAGGGAUUUGAGAAACCAGGAGCUCAUAUUCCCAAGGGCUCUUUCUGUACACCGAUUCUUCGAUCUUCUGAACAUCAGUAAGCAAAUUAGAAAGACCAAUGUAGUCGAAGGGUGUUGUUCUUUCUACUUCUUGUACUCUAGGUUCGGGAAGCCAAAUGGGUUUGAAAUGCAUGAAAAGGGCCUUAACAACAAGCAAAACAAAGACACAUGGCAGAUUCAUCAUCGCUUCGCCUUCAUAGUGGCAUUUCUGGAAAUUUUGGUCUUCCCAAACGAGGAGCGGACAAUUGAUACCCGCAUAGCCAGGGUUGUACAGGUCCUCACUACCAAAGAACAUCACACUCUUGCCCCGAUCAUUCUAUCAGACAUUUAUCGGGCGUUGACUUUGUGCAAGUCCGGGGCAAAAUCCAAUAAUGAUCCACAACUGGAUGCUCAUGAUGCCCAACAUUACUCUCCAGAACUGACUUUAAAUGUUCCAGAUUCAUACAAGCAUACUCCUCAUAACGUGUUCCCAAUUGAGAUCGAAAAGCCCAAAAAGAAUAUGGAACAAGAGGAAAUGACUAGAAAAAUGAAGAGCUUGGAACAAACCAUGAGAAACAUACAGGGUUUGGGCGGCCACAAGAGUGUUUCGUUUAACGAUCUAUGCAUGUUUCCCCAUGUUCAUUUGCCACCCGGCUUCAAGACCCCCAAGUUUGAUAAGUAUGAUGGGCAUGGUGAUCCCGUUCCCCAUUUGAAGAGGGGAGCGGGAGGCAAAGAAGAAUUGCUCAUGGCUUAUUUUGGGGAAAGUUUGACAGGAAUUUCUUCAGAGUGGUUCAUAGAUCAAGACAUCUCUCUCUGGCACAUUUGGAAUGACAUGGCUCAAGAUUUUGCUGCUAGGGUCAAACUACCAAUGAAAGAGGCAGAAAUGAUUAACUAUUUCCUCCAAGCUCAGGAUCCUGAUUACCUCCAUUACAUGUUGGCCGCCAUCGGUAAACCUUUUGCUGAGGCGAUUGAGAUUGGUGAAAUAGUUGAGAAUGGCAUGAAGUCAGGCAAAAUUGUGAGUCAG